AUGUUAAGAGCACGGACUUCGCUGCUAAACAGGGUGCUCGCUCGCAGUUAUGCCACGGCCGUUUCACCACAUGCUUUGGUCUUUUUGGAGCAUCACCAGGGUGACCUCGACUCUGCGUCACUUUCUGCCUUGACGGCAGCAUCUCAGUUGGGUGGUCAAGUCACUGGCCUUGUCGUGGGCAGCCCUGAGGAGGUGCCGUCUGUUGUAGAGAAAGCUAAGAGACUAAAUGGCUUGAGCACAUUACUACAUUGCGCAUCCCCACAGUAUACCACGCUGUUACCUGAGACAAUAUCACCACUCUUAGAGAAGCUCUUAUCACAGAACUCGCCCUUCACGCACGUCGUUUCCGCUCACUCUAGCUCUGCCAAGUCUAUUCUGCCUCGGGUUGCAGCCAAACUGGAUGUUCCGGCCGUAUCCGACAUUACAUCCCUCGAACAUGACGCAACAUCGGGAAGCACUACCUUCACUCGUCCCAUCUAUGCUGGUAAUGCCAUCUCCACAGUUCGCGCAUCUUCCUCCGUCCCCAUCAAGUUCUUCACUGUCCGGUCCACCGCAUUUGUGGCUGCUGGAGCACAAGAUGCAUCAGAGAGCGAAGUCAAAGCCCUCGAUCCUGUUGAGGUGUCUGAUGCACUCACGGAACAUCUCAGUACAUCUCUGACGAAAUCUGACCGACCUGACUUGGGUGUCGCUAGCCGCGUUGUUUCUGGGGGUCGCGCGUUGAAGAAUGCCGAGACUUUCCAGUCUACUCUGUAUCCUCUUGCGGAUGCACUUGGCGCUGCAGUUGGAGCAUCGCGUGCUGCCGUAGAUGCAGGGUACGCAGACAACUCCCUGCAAGUAGGACAAACAGGCAAGGUGGUAGCUCCUGAACUGUACAUGGCAUUGGGUAUUUCUGGUGCUAUCCAGCAUCUUGCCGGGAUGAAGGAUUCCAAACUCAUUGUGGCAAUAAAUAAGGAUCCCGACGCACCAAUCUUCCAAGUGGCAGAUGUGGGGUUAGUAGCAGAUCUUUUUGAGGUAGUGCCAGAGAUGGUCGAGAAGUUGAAGCAAUGA